AUGAAAUCACUUUUGGGUCUCUUUUGUUUGGUAUUUCUGUCACAAAUGAAUGGCAUGGUGGUUGAUGCAUCAAAGGAGCUUAAAGUGGGUGAUGAGUUGGGUUGGCAGGAGCCGCCACCCAACAACACUGCAAUAUAUACACAAUGGGCUGCAAAGAACAGAUUUCUCGUAGGAGAUUCUCUCUUUUUUGAGUACCAAAAUGAUUCAGUUCUGGUGGUGGACAAAUUUGGCUACUAUCACUGCAACACAAGCAACUCUGUCUCCGCCUUUGACAAUGGAAAAACAGUUAUCAAGCUUGACAAACCUGGACCCUCUUACUUUAUCAGUGGAAUCCCUGAUCACUGCAAGAAUGGACAGAGACUACUUGCUGAUGUAAUGGGUCCGCACCCGUUGGAACAAGCACCUGCACCGCAACCAAGCUCCGGAGUAUUGGUCUCUCUAGCUUCCACUUCAGUCUCUCUGGCUUCUAUCAUCACAAUAUUCAUAACUCUGGCGUCGUUUGUUUAG